AUGAACGCUGUCACGACUUGGUCACGACCGCUUUCUCAUCACCACCACGACCACCAUUUGCUUGCCUGUGCCCCACCACCCCCUGCGCUCUCUUCCUCCUCACCUCGCACCCUUGCUAUGGCCGACAAGGACCGAGAGAACGGUUACGGGCCCCUUCAGACGGAAUCCAGCGCUGAGGCCCAUCGACGAGGACCCAGCGCCACUUGGCGAACCAACAGGCAAUACAGCACCGUGCAGCCAGCCCCGAAUGACAGCGAAAACGCCAGCGCCCUCUCCGACGAGGCCACCACUGUGUCUCACUCGACCACGGCCGCGGAGACCACAUGUUGA